CAGGAAAAACAAGAAACUCACAUGAAUUCACCUACUUAAAUAAAUUAACAUAAGGAGCUAUGUUAAAAUCUACACCAUCUUCCAAAGUUAAUGGCUGAAGUGAACAUCUCCUAUGUCAGUGAGUUCAUUCUCAAGGGGAUCACGGACCAGCCAGAACUCCAAGUCCCAUGUUUUGUGAUGUUUUUGACAAUCUAUCUAGUCACAGUUUUAGGCAACCUUGGGUUGAUUGUCAUAAUCAGGGUUGACUCUCGACUCCACACACCUAUGUACUUCUUCCUCAGUCACUUAGCCUUUGUUGACCUUUGUUACUCAUCUGCUAUCACACCAAAGAUGAUGGUGAACUUCAUUGUAGAGUGCAACACUAUCCCUUUCUAUGCUUGUGCAACACAGCUGGGCUGUUUUCUUACCUUCAUGAUCACAGAGUGUUUCCUUCUGGCUUCUAUGGCCUAUGAUCGCUAUGUGGCCAUCUGUAGCCCCCUGCAUUAUUCAACACUGAUGUCUAAGAGAGUGUGCAUUCAAUUAGUGGCAGUUCCUUAUGUGUAUAGCUUUCUAGUUGCCCUUUUCCAUACAAUCAUCACUUUUCACUUGACAUACUGUGGGCCUAAUAUAAUCAACCAUUUCUACUGUGAUGACCUUCCUCUCUUAGCUCUGUCCUGCUCAGACACGCACAUGAAGGAAAUUCUCAUCUUUGCUUUUGCUGGCUUUGAUAUGAUCUGUUCCUCUUCCAUAGUUCUUACUUCCUACCUCUUUAUCAUUGCUGCCAUCCUGAGAAUCCGCUCUACCCAGGGAAGACGCAAGGCCAUCUCUACCUGCGGUUCUCACAUGGUAGCUGUUACUAUUUUCUAUGGUACACUCAUCUUCAUGUAUCUACAGCCCAAAUCCAACCAUUCCCUGGACACAGACAAAAUGGCUUCAGUGUUUUACACAGUGGUAAUUCCCAUGUUGAACCCCCUCAUCUACAGUCUUAGGAACAAAGAGGUGAAAGAUGCCUCUAAGAAAGCUUUAGAUAAAGGGUAUGAGACCUUAAAAAUACUAAAAUUCAGUAAAUAAUGACUUCAUUUUUUAUUAUGUAUGAGUGGAAAAAUAAACCAAAUUUUUAUUGCAAUUUUUCCCAAGUAGUUAAAAACAUAUCUUACUUUAAUAGUAUUAGACUUUUUCUCUGAGGAUACAAGUAGAUCAUGGUAAUUCAAUGUGAUAAAUC